AUGAAGUGGGAACUGCAGGCAAGGGGGGACCAGGCAGCAUGGAGGUGGGGAAAGGAUGGUAGCCAGGGAGGGAAAGGAGGGCAAGAAGUGGGAGGAAGGAAGACAUGCAGCGAGGGGAAAGGAGACCAGACAGUGGGGGAAAAAGGUAACCAAGUGGUGGGGAAAGGAUACCAGACAGUGGGGGAAAAAGGUAACCAAGUGGUGGGGAAAGGAUACCAGACAGUGGGGGAAAAAGGUAACCAAGUGGUGGGGAAAGGAGACCAGACAGUGGGGGAAAAAGGUAACCAAGUGGUGGGGAAAGGAGACCAGACAGUGGGGGAAAAAGGUAACCAAGUGGUGGGGAAAGGAUACCAGACAGUGGGGGAAAAAGGUAACCAAGUGGUGGGGAAAGGAGACCAGACAGUGGGGGAAAAAGGUAACCAAGUGGUGGGGAAAGGAUACCAGACAGUGGGGGAAAAAGGUAACCAAGUGGUGGGGAAAGGAGACCAGACAGUGGGGGAAAAAGGUAACCAAGUGGUGGGGAAAGGAGACCAGACAGUGGGGGAAAAAGGUAACCAAGUGGUGGGGAAAGGAGACCAGACAGUGGGGGAAAAAGGUAACCAAGUGGUGGGGAAAGGAGACCAGACAGUGGGGGAAAAAGGUAACCAAGUGGUGGGGAAAGGAGACCAGACAGUGGGGGAAAAAGGUAACCAAGUGGUGGGGAAAGGAUACCAGACAGUGGGGGAAAAAGGUAACCAAGUGGUGGGGAAAGGAGACCAGACAGUGGGGGAAAAAGGUAACCAAGUGGUGGGGAAAGGAGACCAGACAGUGGGGGAAAAAGGUAACCAAGUGGUGGGGAAAGGAUACCAGACAGUGGGGGAAAAAGGUAACCAAGUGGUGGGGAAAGGAGACCAGACAGUGGGGGAAAAAGGUAACCAAGUGGUGGGGAAAGGAUACCAGACAGUGGGGGAAAAAGGUAACCAAGUGGUGGGGAAAGGAGACCAGACAGUGGGGGAAAAAGGUAACCAAGUGGUGGGGAAAGGAGACCAGACAGUGGGGGAAAAAGGUAACCAAGUGGUGGGGAAAGGAGACCAGACAGUGGGGGAAAAAGGUAACCAAGUGGUGGGGAAAGGAUACCAGACAGUGGGGGAAAAAGGUAACCAAGUGGUGGGGAAAGGAGACCAGACAGUGGGGGAAAAAGGUAACCAAGUGGUGGGGAAAGGAGACCAGACAGUGGGGGAAAAAGGUAACCAAGUGGUGGGGAAAGGAUACCAGACAGUGGGGGAAAAAGGUAACCAAGUGGUGGGGAAAGGAGACCAGACAGUGGGGGAAAAAGGUAACCAAGUGGUGGGGAAAGGAGACCAGACAGUGGGGGAAAAAGGUAACCAAGUGGUGGGGAAAGGAGACCAGACAGUGGGGGAAAAAGGUAACCAAGUGGUGGGGAAAGGAGACCAGACAGUGGGGGAAAAAGGUAACCAAGUGGUGGGGAAAGGAGACCAGACAGUGGGGGAAAAAGGUAACCAAGUGGUGGGGAAAGGAGACCAGACAGUGGGGGAAAAAGGUAACCAAGUGGUGGGGAAAGGAGACCAGACAGUGGGGGAAAAAGGUAACCAAGUGGUGGGGAAAGGAUACCAGACAGUGGGGGAAAAAGGUAACCAAGUGGUGGGGAAAGGAUACCAGACAGUGGGGGAAAAAGGUAACCAAGUGGUGGGGAAAGGAGACCAGACAGUGGGGGAAAAAGGUAACCAAGUGGUGGGGAAAGGAUACCAGACAGUGGGGGAAAAAGGUAACCAAGUGGUGGGGAAAGGAGACCAGACAGUGGGGGAAAAAGACAGUGGGGGAAAAGGUAACCAAGUGGUGGGGAAAGGAGACCAGACAGUGGGGGAAAAAGGUAACCAAGUGGUGGGGAAAGGAGACCAGACAGUGGGGGAAAAAGGUAACCAAGUGGUGGGGAAAGGAGACCAGACAGUGGGGGAAAAAGGUAACCAAGUGGUGGGGAAAGGAGACCAGACAGUGGGGGAAAAAGGUAACCAAGUGGUGGGGAAAGGAUACCAGACAGUGGGGGAAAAAGGUAACCAAGUGGUGGGGAAAGGAGACCAGACAGUGGGGGAAAAAGGUAACCAAGUGGUGGGGAAAGGAGACCAGACAGUGGGGGAAAAAGGUAACCAAGUGGUGGGGAAAGGAGACCAGACAGUGGGGGAAAAAGGUAACCAAGUGGUGGGGAAAGGAGACCAGACAGUGGGGGAAAAAGGUAACCAAGUGGUGGGGAAAGGAGACCAGACAGUGGGGGAAAAAGGUAACCAAGUGGUGGGGAAAGGAGACCAGACAGUGGGGGAAAAAGGUAACCAAGUGGUGGGGAAAGGAUACCAGACAGUGGGGGAAAAAGGUAACCAAGUGGUGGGGAAAGGAGACCAGACAGUGGGGGAAAAAGGUAACCAAGUGGUGGGGAAAGGAGACCAGACAGUGGGGGAAAAAGGUAACCAAGUGGUGGGGAAAGGAGACCAGACAGUGGGGGAAAAAGGUAACCAAGUGGUGGGGAAAGGAGACCAGACAGUGGGGGAAAAAGGUAACCAAGUGGUGGGGAAAGGAGACCAGACAGUGGGGGAAAAAGGUAACCAAGUGGUGGGGAAAGGAUACCAGACAGUGGGGGAAAAAGGUAACCAAGUGGUGGGGAAAGGAGACCAGACAGUGGGGGAAAAAGGUAACCAAGUGGUGGGGAAAGGAGACCAGACAGUGGGGGAAAAAGGUAACCAAGUGGUGGGGAAAGGAGACCAGACAGUGGGGGAAAAAGGUAACCAAGUGGUGGGGAAAGGAGACCAGACAGUGGGGGAAAAAGGUAACCAAGUGGUGGGGAAAGGAGACCAGACAGUGGGGGAAAAAGGUAACCAAGUGGUGGGGAAAGGAGACCAGACAGUGGGGGAAAAAGGUAACCAAGUGGUGGGGAAAGGAGACCAGACAGUGGGGGAAAAAGGUAACCAAGUGGUGGGGAAAGGAGACCAGACAGUGGGGGAAAAAGGUAACCAAGUGGUGGGGAAAGGAGACCAGACAGUGGGGGAAAAAGGUAACCAAGUGGUGGGGAAAGGAGACCAGACAGUGGGGGAAAAAGGUAACCAAGUGGUGGGGAAAGGAGACCAGACAGUGGGGGAAAAAGGUAACCAAGUGGUGGGGAAAGGAGACCAGACAGUGGGGGAAAAAGGUAACCAAGUGGUGGGGAAAGGAGACCAGACAGUGGGGGAAAAAGGUAACCAAGUGGUGGGGAAAGGAGACCAGACAGUGGGGGAAAAAGGUAACCAAGUGGUGGGGAAAGGAUACCAGACAGUGGGGGAAAAAGGUAACCAAGUGGUGGGGAAAGGAGACCAGACAGUGGGGGAAAAAGGUAACCAAGUGGUGGGGAAAGGAGACCAGACAGUGGGGGAAAAAGGUAACCAAGUGGUGGGGAAAGGAGACCAGACAGUGGGGGAAAAAGGUAACCAAGUGGUGGGGAAAGGAGACCAGACAGUGGGGGAAAAAGGUAACCAAGUGGUGGGGAAAGGAGACCAGACAGUGGGGGAAAAAGGUAACCAAGUGGUGGGGAAAGGAUACCAGACAGUGGGGGAAAAAGGUAACCAAGUGGUGGGGAAAGGAGACCAGACAGUGGGGGAAAAAGGUAACCAAGUGGUGGGGAAAGGAGACCAGACAGUGGGGGAAAAAGGUAACCAAGUGGUGGGGAAAGGAGACCAGACAGUGGGGGAAAAAGGUAACCAAGUGGUGGGGAAAGGAGACCAGACAGUGGGGGAAAAAGGUAACCAAGUGGUGGGGAAAGGAGACCAGACAGUGGGGGAAAAAGGUAACCAAGUGGUGGGGAAAGGAGACCAGACAGUGGGGGAAAAAGGUAACCAAGUGGUGGGGAAAGGAGACCAGACAGUGGGGGAAAAAGGUAACCAAGUGGUGGGGAAAGGAGACCAGACAGUGGGGGAAAAAGGUAACCAAGUGGUGGGGAAAGGAGACCAGACAGUGGGGGAAAAAGGUAACCAAGUGGUGGGGAAAGGAGACCAGACAGUGGGGGAAAAAGGUAACCAAGUGGUGGGGAAAGGAGACCAGACAGUGGGGGAAAAAGGUAACCAAGUGGUGGGGAAAGGAGACCAGACAGUGGGGGAAAAAGGUAACCAAGUGGUGGGGAAAGGAGACCAGACAGUGGGGGAAAAAGGUAACCAAGUGGUGGGGAAAGGAGACCAGACAGUGGGGGAAAAAGGUAACCAAGUGGUGGGGAAAGGAGACCAGACAGUGGGGGAAAAAGGUAACCAAGUGGUGGGGAAAGGAGACCAGACAGUGGGGGAAAAAGGUAACCAAGUGGUGGGGAAAGGAGACCAGACAGUGGGGGAAAAAGGUAACCAAGUGGUGGGGAAAGGAGACCAGACAGUGGGGGAAAAAGGUAACCAAGUGGUGGGGAAAGGAGACCAGACAGUGGGGGAAAAAGGUAACCAAGUGGUGGGGAAAGGAGACCAGACAGUGGGGGAAAAAGGUAACCAAGUGGUGGGGAAAGGAGACCAGACAGUGGGGGAAAAAGGUAACCAAGUGGUGGGGAAAGGAGACCAGACAGUGGGGGAAAAAGGUAACCAAGUGGUGGGGAAAGGAGACCAGACAGUGGGGGAAAAAGGUAACCAAGUGGUGGGGAAAGGAGACCAGACAGUGGGGGAAAAAGGUAACCAAGUGGUGGGGAAAGGAGACCAGACAGUGGGGGAAAAAGGUAACCAAGUGGUGGGGAAAGGAGACCAGACAGUGGGGGAAAAAGGUAACCAAGUGGUGGGGAAAGGAGACCAGACAGUGGGGGAAAAAGGUAACCAAGUGGUGGGGAAAGGAGACCAGACAGUGGGGGAAAAAGGUAACCAAGUGGUGGGGAAAGGAGACCAGACAGUGGGGGAAAAAGGUAACCAAGUGGUGGGGAAAGGAGACCAGACAGUGGGGGAAAAAGGUAACCAAGUGGUGGGGAAAGGAGACCAGACAGUGGGGGAAAAAGGUAACCAAGUGGUGGGGAAAGGAGACCAGACAGUGGGGGAAAAAGGUAACCAAGUGGUGGGGAAAGGAGACCAGACAGUGGGGGAAAAAGGUAACCAAGUGGUGGGGAAAGGAGACCAGACAGUGGGGGAAAAAGGUAACCAAGUGGUGGGGAAAGGAGACCAGACAGUGGGGGAAAAAGGUAACCAAGUGGUGGGGAAAGGAGACCAGACAGUGGGGGAAAAAGGUAACCAAGUGGUGGGGAAAGGAGACCAGACAGUGGGGGAAAAAGGUAACCAAGUGGUGGGGAAAGGAGACCAGACAGUGGGGGAAAAAGGUAACCAAGUGGUGGGGAAAGGAGACCAGACAGUGGGGGAAAAAGGUAACCAAGUGGUGGGGAAAGGAGACCAGACAGUGGGGGAAAAAGGUAACCAAGUGGUGGGGAAAGGAGACCAGACAGUGGGGGAAAAAGGUAACCAAGUGGUGGGGAAAGGAGACCAGACAGUGGGGGAAAAAGGUAACCAAGUGGUGGGGAAAGGAGACCAGACAGUGGGGGAAAAAGGUAACCAAGUGGUGGGGAAAGGAGACCAGACAGUGGGGGAAAAAGGUAACCAAGUGGUGGGGAAAGGAGACCAGACAGUGGGGGAAAAAGGUAACCAAGUGGUGGGGAAAGGAGACCAGACAGUGGGGGAAAAAGGUAACCAAGUGGUGGGGAAAGGAGACCAGACAGUGGGGGAAAAAGGUAACCAAGUGGUGGGGAAAGGAGACCAGACAGUGGGGGAAAAAGGUAACCAAGUGGUGGGGAAAGGAGACCAGACAGUGGGGGAAAAAGGUAACCAAGUGGUGGGGAAAGGAGACCAGACAGUGGGGGAAAAAGGUAACCAAGUGGUGGGGAAAGGAGACCAGACAGUGGGGGAAAAAGGUAACCAAGUGGUGGGGAAAGGAGACCAGACAGUGGGGGAAAAAGGUAACCAAGUGGUGGGGAAAGGAGACCAGACAGUGGGGGAAAAAGGUAACCAAGUGGUGGGGAAAGGAGACCAGACAGUGGGGGAAAAAGGUAACCAAGUGGUGGGGAAAGGAGACCAGACAGUGGGGGAAAAAGGUAACCAAGUGGUGGGGAAAGGAGACCAGACAGUGGGGGAAAAAGGUAACCAAGUGGUGGGGAAAGGAGACCAGACAGUGGGGGAAAAAGGUAACCAAGUGGUGGGGAAAGGAGACCAGACAGUGGGGGAAAAAGGUAACCAAGUGGUGGGGAAAGGAGACCAGACAGUGGGGGAAAAAGGUAACCAAGUGGUGGGGAAAGGAGACCAGACAGUGGGGGAAAAAGGUAACCAAGUGGUGGGGAAAGGAGACCAGACAGUGGGGGAAAAAGGUAACCAAGUGGUGGGGAAAGGAGACCAGACAGUGGGGGAAAAAGGUAACCAAGUGGUGGGGAAAGGAGACCAGACAGUGGGGGAAAAAGGUAACCAAGUGGUGGGGAAAGGAGACCAGACAGUGGGGGAAAAAGGUAACCAAGUGGUGGGGAAAGGAGACCAGACAGUGGGGGAAAAAGGUAACCAAGUGGUGGGGAAAGGAGACCAGACAGUGGGGGAAAAAGGUAACCAAGUGGUGGGGAAAGGAGACCAGACAGUGGGGGAAAAAGGUAACCAAGUGGUGGGGAAAGGAGACCAGACAGUGGGGGAAAAAGACAGUGGGGGAAAAGGUAACCAAGUGGUGGGGAAAGGAGACCAGACAGUGGGGGAAAAAGGUAACCAAGUGGUGGGGAAAGGAGACCAGACAGUGGGGGAAAAAGGUAACCAAGUGGUGGGGAAAGGAGACCAGACAGUGGGGGAAAAAGGUAACCAAGUGGUGGGGAAAGGAGACCAGACAGUGGGGGAAAAAGGUAACCAAGUGGUGGGGAAAGGAGACCAGACAGUGGGGGAAAAAGGUAACCAAGUGGUGGGGAAAGGAGACCAGACAGUGGGGGAAAAAGGUAACCAAGUGGUGGGGAAAGGAGACCAGACAGUGGGGGAAAAAGGUAACCAAGUGGUGGGGAAAGGAGACCAGACAGUGGGGGAAAAAGGUAACCAAGUGGUGGGGAAAGGAGACCAGACAGUGGGGGAAAAAGGUAACCAAGUGGUGGGGAAAGGAGACCAGACAGUGGGGGAAAAAGGUAACCAAGUGGUGGGGAAAGGAGACCAGACAGUGGGGGAAAAAGGUAACCAAGUGGUGGGGAAAGGAGACCAGACAGUGGGGGAAAAAGGUAACCAAGUGGUGGGGAAAGGAGACCAGACAGUGGGGGAAAAAGGUAACCAAGUGGUGGGGAAAGGAGACCAGACAGUGGGGGAAAAAGGUAACCAAGUGGUGGGGAAAGGAGACCAGACAGUGGGGGAAAAAGGUAACCAAGUGGUGGGGAAAGGAGACCAGACAGUGGGGGAAAAAGGUAACCAAGUGGUGGGGAAAGGAGACCAGACAGUGGGGGAAAAAGGUAACCAAGUGGUGGGGAAAGGAGACCAGACAGUGGGGGAAAAAGGUAACCAAGUGGUGGGGAAAGGAGACCAGACAGUGGGGGAAAAAGGUAACCAAGUGGUGGGGAAAGGAGACCAGACAGUGGGGGAAAAAGGUAACCAAGUGGUGGGGAAAGGAGACCAGACAGUGGGGGAAAAAGGUAACCAAGUGGUGGGGAAAGGAGACCAGACAGUGGGGGAAAAAGGUAACCAAGUGGUGGGGAAAGGAGACCAGACAGUGGGGGAAAAAGGUAACCAAGUGGUGGGGAAAGGAGACCAGACAGUGGGGGAAAAAGGUAACCAAGUGGUGGGGAAAGGAGACCAGACAGUGGGGGAAAAAGGUAACCAAGUGGUGGGGAAAGGAGACCAGACAGUGGGGGAAAAAGGUAACCAAGUGGUGGGGAAAGGAGACCAGACAGUGGGGGAAAAAGGUAACCAAGUGGUGGGGAAAGGAGACCAGACAGUGGGGGAAAAAGGUAACCAAGUGGUGGGGAAAGGAGACCAGACAGUGGGGGAAAAAGGUAACCAAGUGGUGGGGAAAGGAGACCAGACAGUGGGGGAAAAAGGUAACCAAGUGGUGGGGAAAGGAGACCAGACAGUGGGGGAAAAAGGUAACCAAGUGGUGGGGAAAGGAGACCAGACAGUGGGGGAAAAAGGUAACCAAGUGGUGGGGAAAGGAGACCAGACAGUGGGGGAAAAAGGUAACCAAGUGGUGGGGAAAGGAGACCAGACAGUGGGGGAAAAAGGUAACCAAGUGGUGGGGAAAGGAGACCAGACAGUGGGGGAAAAAGGUAACCAAGUGGUGGGGAAAGGAGACCAGACAGUGGGGGAAAAAGGUAACCAAGUGGUGGGGAAAGGAGACCAGACAGUGGGGGAAAAAGGUAACCAAGUGGUGGGGAAAGGAGACCAGACAGUGGGGGAAAAAGGUAACCAAGUGGUGGGGAAAGGAGACCAGACAGUGGGGGAAAAAGGUAACCAAGUGGUGGGGAAAGGAGACCAGACAGUGGGGGAAAAAGGUAACCAAGUGGUGGGGAAAGGAGACCAGACAGUGGGGGAAAAAGGUAACCAAGUGGUGGGGAAAGGAGACCAGACAGUGGGGGAAAAAGGUAACCAAGUGGUGGGGAAAGGAGACCAGACAGUGGGGGAAAAAGGUAACCAAGUGGUGGGGAAAGGAGACCAGACAGUGGGGGAAAAAGGUAACCAAGUGGUGGGGAAAGGAGACCAGACAGUGGGGGAAAAAGUGGGGGAAAAAGGUAACCAAGUGGUGGGGAAAGGAGACCAGACAGUGGGGGAAAAAGGUAACCAAGUGGUGGGGAAAGGAGACCAGACAGUGGGGGAAAAAGGUAACCAAGUGGUGGGGAAAGGAGACCAGACAGUGGGGGAAAAAGGUAACCAAGUGGUGGGGAAAGGAGACCAGACAGUGGGGGAAAAAGGUAACCAAGUGGUGGGGAAAGGAGACCAGACAGUGGGGGAAAAAGGUAACCAAGUGGUGGGGAAAGGAGACCAGACAGUGGGGGAAAAAGGUAACCAAGUGGUGGGGAAAGGAGACCAGACAGUGGGGGAAAAAGGUAACCAAGUGGUGGGGAAAGGAGACCAGACAGUGGGGGAAAAAGGUAACCAAGUGGUGGGGAAAGGAGACCAGACAGUGGGGGAAAAAGGUAACCAAGUGGUGGGGAAAGGAGACCAGACAGUGGGGGAAAAAGGUAACCAAGUGGUGGGGAAAGGAUACCAGACAGUGGGGGAAAAAGGUAACCAAGUGGUGGGGAAAGGAGACCAGACAGUGGGGGAAAAAGGUAACCAAGUGGUGGGGAAAGGAGACCAGACAGUGGGGGAAAAAGGUAACCAAGUGGUGGGGAAAGGAGACCAGACAGUGGGGGAAAAAGGUAACCAAGUGGUGGGGAAAGGAGACCAGACAGUGGGGGAAAAAGGUAACCAAGUGGUGGGGAAAGGAUACCAGACAGUGGGGGAAAAAGGUAACCAAGUGGUGGGGAAAGGAUACCAGACAGUGGGGGAAAAAGGUAACCAAGUGGUGGGGAAAGGAGACCAGACAGUGGGGGAAAAAGGUAACCAAGUGGUGGGGAAAGGAGACCAGACAGUGGGGGAAAAAGGUAACCAAGUGGUGGGGAAAGGAGACCAGACAGUGGGGGAAAAAGGUAACCAAGUGGUGGGGAAAGGAGACCAGACAGUGGGGGAAAAAGGUAACCAAGUGGUGGGGAAAGGAUACCAGACAGUGGGGGAAAAAGGUAACCAAGUGGUGGGGAAAGGAGACCAGACAGUGGGGGAAAAAGGUAACCAAGUGGUGGGGAAAGGAGACCAGACAGUGGGGGAAAAAGGUAACCAAGUGGUGGGGAAAGGAGACCAGACAGUGGGGGAAAAAGGUAACCAAGUGGUGGGGAAAGGAGACCAGACAGUGGGGGAAAAAGGUAACCAAGUGGUGGGGAAAGGAGACCAGACAGUGGGGGAAAAAGGUAACCAAGUGGUGGGGAAAGGAUACCAGACAGUGGGGGAAAAAGGUAACCAAGUGGUGGGGAAAGGAGACCAGACAGUGGGGGAAAAAGGUAACCAAGUGGUGGGGAAAGGAGACCAGACAGUGGGGGAAAAAGGUAACCAAGUGGUGGGGAAAGGAGACCAGACAGUGGGGGAAAAAGGUAACCAAGUGGUGGGGAAAGGAUACCAGACAGUGGGGGAAAAAGGUAACCAAGUGGUGGGGAAAGGAGACCAGACAGUGGGGGAAAAAGGUAACCAAGUGGUGGGGAAAGGAGACCAGACAGUGGGGGAAAAAGGUAACCAAGUGGUGGGGAAAGGAGACCAGACAGUGGGGGAAAAAGGUAACCAAGUGGUGGGGAAAGGAGACCAGACAGUGGGGGAAAAAGGUAACCAAGUGGUGGGGAAAGGAGACCAGACAGUGGGGGAAAAAGGUAACCAAGUGGUGGGGAAAGGAGACCAGACAGUGGGGGAAAAAGGUAACCAAGUGGUGGGGAAAGGAGACCAGACAGUGGGGGAAAAAGGUAACCAAGUGGUGGGGAAAGGAGACCAGACAGUGGGGGAAAAAGGUAACCAAGUGGUGGGGAAAGGAGACCAGACAGUGGGGGAAAAAGGUAACCAAGUGGUGGGGAAAGGAGACCAGACAGUGGGGGAAAAAGGUAACCAAGUGGUGGGGAAAGGAGACCAGACAGUGGGGGAAAAAGGUAACCAAGUGGUGGGGAAAGGAGACCAGACAGUGGGGGAAAAAGGUAACCAAGUGGUGGGGAAAGGAGACCAGACAGUGGGGGAAAAAGGUAACCAAGUGGUGGGGAAAGGAGACCAGACAGUGGGGGAAAAAGGUAACCAAGUGGUGGGGAAAGGAGACCAGACAGUGGGGGAAAAAGGUAACCAAGUGGUGGGGAAAGGAUACCAGACAGUGGGGGAAAAAGGUAACCAAGUGGUGGGGAAAGGAGACCAGACAGUGGGGGAAAAAGGUAACCAAGUGGUGGGGAAAGGAGACCAGACAGUGGGGGAAAAAGGUAACCAAGUGGUGGGGAAAGGAGACCAGACAGUGGGGGAAAAAGGUAACCAAGUGGUGGGGAAAGGAGACCAGACAGUGGGGGAAAAAGGUAACCAAGUGGUGGGGAAAGGAGACCAGACAGUGGGGGAAAAAGGUAACCAAGUGGUGGGGAAAGGAGACCAGACAGUGGGGGAAAAAGGUAACCAAGUGGUGGGGAAAGGAUACCAGACAGUGGGGGAAAAAGGUAACCAAGUGGUGGGGAAAGGAGACCAGACAGUGGGGGAAAAAGGUAACCAAGUGGUGGGGAAAGGAGACCAGACAGUGGGGGAAAAAGGUAACCAAGUGGUGGGGAAAGGAGACCAGACAGUGGGGGAAAAAGGUAACCAAGUGGUGGGGAAAGGAGACCAGACAGUGGGGGAAAAAGGUAACCAAGUGGUGGGGAAAGGAGACCAGACAGUGGGGGAAAAAGGUAACCAAGUGGUGGGGAAAGGAGACCAGACAGUGGGGGAAAAAGGUAACCAAGUGGUGGGGAAAGGAGACCAGACAGUGGGGGAAAAAGGUAACCAAGUGGUGGGGAAAGGAGACCAGACAGUGGGGGAAAAAGGUAACCAAGUGGUGGGGAAAGGAGACCAGACAGUGGGGGAAAAAGGUAACCAAGUGGUGGGGAAAGGAGACCAGACAGUGGGGGAAAAAGGUAACCAAGUGGUGGGGAAAGGAGACCAGACAGUGGGGGAAAAAGGUAACCAAGUGGUGGGGAAAGGAGACCAGACAGUGGGGGAAAAAGGUAACCAAGUGGUGGGGAAAGGAGACCAGACAGUGGGGGAAAAAGGUAACCAAGUGGUGGGGAAAGGAGACCAGACAGUGGGGGAAAAAGGUAACCAAGUGGUGGGGAAAGGAUACCAGACAGUGGGGGAAAAGGUAACCAAGUGGUGGGGAAAGGAGACCAGACAGUGGGGGAAAAAGGUAACCAAGUGGUGGGGAAAGGAUACCAGACAGUGGGGGAAAAAGGUAACCAAGUGGUGGGGAAAGGAUACCAGACAGUGGGGGAAAAAGGUAACCAAGUGGUGGGGAAAGGAGACCAGACAGUGGGGGAAAAAGGUAACCAAGUGGUGGGGAAAGGAGACCAGACAGUGGGGGAAAAGGUAA